ACAGCCGCAGCCCAAUGUACCUCCGCUUCUACCUCGACGACGCCGGCAAGCGCGUGUACACCCUCAAGAAGAAGGAUCCGUCUGGCAAGAACACUCUCUCGGCCCACCCGGCUCGGUUCUCGCCCGACGACCAGUACUCCCGCCACCGCAUCACCCUCAAGAAGCGCUUCGGCCUCCUUCCUACUCAGGGCAAGGCUCUUGUUCAUUGAUCACUCUCUUUCAUGCUCGCCAUUGGUCCAUCGGUGACGAAAGCUCAUGCGAUGGUGCUGGCCAGCUGAUGCACGCUCGCUCGCUUGCUCUGGCGUUGUGGCCUUUACAAGGCAUCUGAGCUCUAGUAGGCCUCGCUGCGCCUUUCAUGCCCGCACGUGUGUGGCGAGCUGUCCUCCCCUUGCUCAUCCACUUGCCCAUCUUGGCCGUGCGAACAUUCACGACGCGAGCAGGCAGACGCCUCACGCGAUAAACUCCACCACAACCUCA